AAGGUCGGCAAGUGUAGUGAUCGUGGUGUAUAUCGGUCCCCCACGCACAUCGAAAUGCGAGCCAAGGAAAGGAAAGGAAAGGAAAGCAAGACUGACAUAUCCCCACGUUUAGCUUCCACGUCUAUAUGUGAAUGGUCAAUCCACAAACCCCCUUCCAUUCUUGAUCGGAUUGGAAUCGAAGCUGAAGAAAAUGGCGAGAGGUAAGAUCCAGAUCAAGAGGAUAGAGAACGUGACGAAUAGGCAGGUCACCUACUCCAAGAGAAGGAACGGCCUAUUCAAGAAGGCCAAUGAGCUCACUGUUCUCUGUGAUGCUAAGGUUUCUCUCCUCAUGGUUUCCUCUUCCGGAAAGCUUCAUGAAUUCAUCAGCCCCUCCACCACGACAAAGCAAGUGUACGAUGAGUACCAGAAGCUCCUCGGAAUUGACCUUUGGAAAUCGCACUAUGAGACAAUGCAAGAAAAUUUGAACAAGAUGAAAGAGAUAAAUAAGAGUCUUAGGAGGCAGAUCAGCCACAGGGUGGGCGAGUGUUUGAACGAUCUGAGAUUCGCUGAACUGCACAGUCUUGAGAAAGAAAUGGAAAGCGCUGUAGAAGUUGUUCGUAAUCGCAAGCUGAAGCUGAUCUCCAAUCAGAUUGAUACCAAGAGGAAAAAGAUUCGGAAUGCAACAGAGUGCAACAGGAGACUCUAUGAAUAUGAUGCAAUGGAGGAACCGCACUACGGAUUGGUUGACGAUGGAGGAGAUUAUUAUGAUUCUGCAGUCAUUGGCUACUCAGCAAAUGAAGACCCUCACAAUGUAUUUCCUUUCAGGCUGCAACCUUCUCAUCAUCCUAAUCUUCACCACGGAGAAGGAAGUUCAGAUCUUACGACCUACUCUUUGCUUUGAUCGAGUAUCAAGCAAGCUGAUCUCAAUAUCAGGUCGAAAAUAUAAAUCUUCACCGCCAAUGAUGUUCAAACUGUCGUCAGUAUGCAUUCUAUAUAUGUAUUAAGAUUAAGAUGAAAUUAAGCUAAUUAGCUAGCAUGUAGUGUACUGUACUGUGUCCAGGACAUCCUGACUUGAGCCUGGCAUUUUGGAUCAUAAAACUUUGUCCUUGAUCUUUGGUUCCUGAUCAGUUUGCUUAUUCACUUGCAUUCUUACGUACUAUGUGAAAGCCAGUUGAAAUGAUCAGUUUCUCUAAGCCAUUGUAAGCUAUUUUCAUUCUCUAUCGAAUAUUCCAUGUGCUUUUUUUUCCCCAA